AUGCAGUUCUCAAAUCUCAUUGCUAUUAUCUUUGCCACUGGCGUUGUUGGCCUGCCAUCACUUGACGCAACUGGCAGCCAGCUUUCUAAGCGUACCUGUUGGGAACUUAAGGGCGAGAAACUCAAAAUAUGCCAAGAGGCGUGUGAGUUAGCUUGCGAUGCUGUUACCGGCGCACUUGCAAAAUCACUUUGCAAGAAAGCUUGUGAUGUCGGACCGCUAAAGGUCCGUAGCAUCGACACGGCUACUACCGGUCGUUUGACAGUCGAGGACAUUGAUACUGCAACGCCUGGCGACCUGGUGAAAGUGGCGAAUGUUAUCUCUCCGGAGGUCAUGACUGCUCAGGAUAGCAUCGGCACCGACGCCUGUAUUGCCGCUUGUGAAGUUUUGUGUAAUUCUACGGUUCUUGCACUUGCACAAAAGAAAUGCCUUGAACACUGUAAGCCAAAGUGUCAUUAA